AUGUUUUUAUUGGCUUCAAUUACUAAUGAUCUUCUACAGUAUGGCCAUGAACGGUCAUGGAGAAGUGUAGGUUUGUUUGUCAAUUGUAUUGUCUUAAUUUCAAAAAAUUGUUUUAUCUUUUGGAUGUUGUGGUACCUGUUACAUGUGACAUUCGUUUAGGGUAGAGGUGUGGUAAGGCAAGGAUAGGGAAUAAAGCAAAAAUGUGAAAAAGAUAGAUCCCGCAUAAAAAGAGUAAAGCAAGGGUACGGCGGAUAUAAGACAAUAUUGAGAGAAUGGCUGCAGCAACGUUAAGGUAUGGCUAAGGUAGGACAAAGAUUCGACAAGAAUAGGUCCAGUAUGACUAGGGUAAGGUAAAGGUAGACCAGAGACAAUAAAAACUUAUUAUAGGUUUUGGAUAUGAAAAAGCUAGAUAAGGCAAAGAUAGGGAAUGGUAAAGAUAGGGCGAGUGUAAAUUGACGAUAGGGCAAAGGUACAGCAAGGAGAUGGCAAAACAAAGCUAAAGCAAAGUAAAACAAUGCCACAGUAAGGCUAGUAUGAGACUAAUGUAUAAGCCUUAAAAAAUCAGGUCACUUCAAAUUCAUCAAAAACAUAUUAUUGAUAAACAUUUCUUAUUGUAGCCUUGAAAACGCAAUGUAUUAAUUUCUACAUGACUUCUAAAUCCAGGGUCAUUUAUUAUGGGUUACGCGACAAUAACAUGAAUCGGAACGCUAUUCCAAAGACUUUCAGUUAACGGUUUGGUUCAGUCAGAACGGUUUCAUGAGUUUUAUUUGGUUUCAAUUUUUAUUAGAGUUUGAAUUUGGUUAGACUAGCUUUUACAUCACAUUUGUUUUACCAUUUUUGCAAGUCAAUUCCUUCGUUGCGGGACCUAAAGUAGGCGUUGAAGGGUGAGACUUUGGCUGGGGCUGAAACAGGCUUAGUGCGUCUUCUUUUAGGUCUUAUUGUAAGAACUAAGCUAAUAAGGAAACAAUAAUGUAAAAUACUAUUUAAUAUGUAGUCUUUUCAAAAUUAUAGUAAAGCAUUAUUAUAAUAAGCCAUUUUCAAACAACACUAUAAAUUUUAAUGUGGUAUAUUAUAGUUUUGAAUUAGUCACGUGUAAAUAUUUACAUUCUGGCCAUUUGCUAUGUUUUUACUUACAAACAAGACAUGAGUUAUUGCGUGUUAAUAGUUCAAUUACUUAACCAAUUAACUGACUAGUAGAUAUUUCAAUGAAAAGGUUAAUUAAGUCUUAUACUUCAACUGUUUUUUUCAUUUUUAUUUACAAAUUUGACUUGCUUUUAAGUUAGGCGGGUUAAAGUUCUGGGCUUGAAUAUCAAUAUUACACCUGCAGUAAUCGCUGAAUCAAAAAGCCUUGAAAAUAUUUAUUUUGAAAUGUGAACGGUCUCAAAGUUGUCUUUGAUCUCUCAACGCAGGUUACAAAGGAAAACGAUCAUGGUUUACUUGCAAGUUUGCGUUUGACCAAUUUAUAGCUAUUUGUUUGGGAAAUAAAGUCUUAUUCAAGUUGUAAGGACAGGGAGAUCACGUCAGUCAGAUCAAGGUAAGAAGGGUAGGGUAGGGUAGGGUAGGGUAGGGUAGGGUAGGGUAGGGUAGGGUAGGGUAGGGUAUAAUUUAAAGAAACAACAUCACUACUAUCUAACUACCCAAUUACUAACAAUAUAAUCGUUUACUUUACAAAUUACCAACUAGUAAUAGUAAGCGAUUGAAAACAAACCUUCUUCCCCUUCCGUUCGACUCAAUAACAUACAUCAAUGUUGUGUUUUUUUCGUCUAACCGUUGACGGAGUUUUAAAACAUUCCCUAACAUGAGUUUUGUCUUUAAAGGUAUUUCGGUUUUACAAUGUUUGCUUAACGAGUAGAACGACUUAGAGUUGAAUUACGCAACAAAUUGAGGGUUUUUGAUAGGUUUUGUGUAUUCUGUAGUAAAUUGGUUGAAAUUGAAGUUUUGAAACUUAUUUUGACAUUUUUAUUAUGUUUAUAUUAUACUUAUAAUUUCAUGACGUAUGUAUGAUUUGUCAUGGCACUAGAGUUUAAAUGAGAAAAUGAGGUUUAGGUAAGAGAGGGGUGGUCAGUACUGCUCGGAAUGUAAGGGCAGGGUAGUCAGUGCUGUUUAGAAAGAGAAGUAACGGAAGGAAUAAGUAACUGAAGACCUGUUCGAGGAAUAGGUAAAGACAUAUUGUAUUAAUAAUAUAGUUUUAAAGUUAGGUUUUAUUCGUUGAAUUUGACGAAAAAUAACUAUAUUGUUCAGCAAAUAGGUUUGCAUUUUUGUUAUUUGUAGCUGGUAUCGAUUUUCUUAUUAACAUCAGUUUGACAAUUUCUGUUAGAUACAGGUCUGUUCAGCAAAUAUCUUUACAUUUUUGCAAGCAUCAAGUCCUUAUAAGUUUUGAAAUGUUAUCUCUAACUUAAUUAAUGUCAGUCCUUAGUACUUAGGUAUUUUUUAAAACUGCAUUUAUUCUUAGUAUCUCUGAGCCAUACCUCGUAUUUUACAUUUUCCUCUGAAUUCAAUUUUUAUUUUCAAAAAAGACCUUUAAUUUUUUCAGCUUGGCCGUCGCCAUUCCGCCGUUGACUACGCGCCCUCCUGUUCCUGGUCCGAAUUCACCGACGAUCCCAAUUGGCUAGUCCAUCGAAUGGAACCGCUGAAAAACUGGCAUUCACAGCACUUGGAUAACAAUUCAAAUAUGAAGAGCACAUCAAGUGUGUUGGCCAAACGAGCACAGAACUUGUUGGCCAAUAGGGAGCUAGCCAAAACAUACAGAGAAGUUUAUGAAGAUCACUGGAAUCUGGAACAGAAUCCUCAGGUAAAAUACGGUGACAAUAAGGUUGAAGAAGAGUCGGAACUAUUAGGUUGUUCAAAUAAUCCUGAGCCUUCAAAUUCCAAAAAUUUGGUUUAAAAGGGAGCACAGAAUUAUUUGAACAACCCAAUAUAAACAGUUUAGUUAAUUAGCAGUAGAUUAUUUAAAAAUUUUUAAAUUGUUUUUAGGGUAAAAUCAACUUGUGCACGGCCGAGAACACGUUAUGUGAAGAUCUUUUGGUAGAAAAGGUAACAAUUUUAUUAAUGUUUGAAAUUGAAAAGAAACCCCUUGAUUUUAAAAAGUAUACAUUAUGAUUUAAAUUUUCAGAUAAACGACCCAAAAAUCUGGCACAACUUAUUCCCCACAAUACAUCAUUAUCAGCCUUCGGGUGGACUGGAAUGGUAUGUCAUAAUGAUUUUUAUGUUUUAGUGUCAAUUUGGUACCUUUGCUCCAGGAAGAGUUUCACUUUGAAAUUUUAAUAUCUUGCCCUAGGACGAAAAAUAUUGUUAAGUUGUUCAAAUAAUAAUGUGCCCCAAACCCCAUAAAUUUUUUGAGUGAGGGCACAGAAUUAUACUAACAACCAAAUCAUAAAAAAAAUAUUUUAUAAAUUUGAAAAGAUGUGACGAAGUAGAAAAAAAUUGCAUUUUCAGGGUGAAAACGGCGGCGGCAGAUUACAUCGACAAGUUCGUGUCCAUCAAUGGGGACCCAAGUGUGGCCAAAGAGAACCUUGUCAUUGUCCCUGGCUGCGCGGCGGCGUACGACAUGAUUGGAUGUUGUUUAUUCGAAGCGAACGGUAAGAAUUAAAUCAAUUUUUGAAUUUUUCCUUAAUUUUUAUUUGUAUUUUCUUUAAAAUUUGGAUUGUUGAGAUAAAUACAGAUAUUUUUUAAUUAAAAUAGGAUCUUGUUUGAGGUAAAAUACGAAUAUUUAUUAGUUUUGAGGUCAUUUUAAGCUUGAAAUUUAAAAAAAAUUUUGUUUUUAAAAUUUGAAUAUGUAAAUGAUUUCAGAAGCAGUAUUGGCACCAGUGCCAUUUUACGUACGAUUGGCUGAUAACUGGGGCGAGCGAGCUCAUGUCAGGGUUAUGCCAGUUUUAUAUGUAAGUGUUUUUUUUAUUUUGAUAAAUGUAUGUUCUAUAGUGUAUUGUACAACAAUAUAUUGCUGUAUUUCUAUAACAAUAUACUACUGUGUUUCUAAUAAAGAUUUUUGUGAUUUACGUUAUUAAGUUAUUCAAAUAAUUCUGUGCUCCCUCUCAAAGCAAAUUUCCCGAGUUAGGAGGCACAGAAUUAUUUGAAAAAACUAAUAUUAUAUAUUAUUUACGUUUUAUUGCUUUAGAACGAUCUAAACAAGCCAACACUCCGGCCAGAGCUCUUUCAAGCGGCGUUAGGCGAAGCGACACUUAAGGCAAGUUAAUACUUUUGUUAUUUUAAAAACUUUAAAUUACUGCUUUUGUAACUGGAGUAAGUUUAAAGGUUACUUUACCUAUUUUUAUUUGUAAAAUACGACAGAAUUGCAAAUUCCCUUUUUUGACAGCAUUAACAGUAUAAUUUCAGGGUAUUAAAGUAAAAGCGAUCUCAUUAAUUAAUCCGAAUAAUCCAUUAGGUCAUGUCUUUCCGGAAAAAGACGUUUUCGACGUUUGUAAGUGGGCGGUCAGGUAAGUACUAUUGUAUUUUAACUAUAAAAUUUUUGUCAAAACACUAAUAUAUUAGAAAAGUCACUGGAAAUGUAAAAUUUAUCAGUAAAAAACCAAAUUCUUACUAAAAAAUAAAAUUUAAUAAUUGUAAAAUACGAUGCAUUCCUGUUUUUUUAAUUUUAAUCUUAUUUUAAAUUAAAUAUUUCAGCAAUGAUUUAUUCAUCAUAGCGGAUGAAGUCUUUGCUUCGACCACUGAAUAUGCUCAACGUUUCCGAUCGAUGCUUUCACUACGACAUCAGCUAGGUGUCAAACAUAGGAAAAAAGUCAUAUGGAUGUGGGGCGUUUCUAAGGUAAGAUCCAAAGUGGCAAUGCAAAAAAUAAUGUCAUUUUUUUAAAUAUAAUGGCAUACUUUUAAUUUGAGUUUAAAAACCCAACCUUUUCAUUUAAAUUUAUGUCCAAACUAUAAGCUCUAAAGCUCAAGCUUAACCUUUUCAGGAUCUCUGCCUACCAGGUGCCCGAUUCGCAAUAGUACACACAGAGCUAGAGGACCUACAAAAAGGUCUUCGUCGUCUCGAAAUUCUUCAACCCUGUUCUCCAAUAGCUCAACAUUUAAUAGGCCAUCUGCUUCGUGACCACACCUGGAUUCAGAAGUUUCAUGUCACGAAGAAUCAACGGUUAGAAGAGAAUCGAAAGUUUGCUUGUAAAAAACUAGAAGACUACGGUAUUCAAUAUCUGCCAACUGAUUCUGGACUGUUUUUGUUCAUCGACUUCAGGGAGUAUAUCAAGGAUGACACAUUUGAAGCCGAGAAUGUGUUGUGGAAGAGGUUUACACGAUCUGGAGUUUAUAUGAAUCCAGGCAGCUUCAUGGGCAGUGUGGAGCCGGGAUGGUUCAGAUUGGUUAUUAGUUGUGCUAGAAGCGAGCUUGAAGAAGGUAAAUUACUUUUAUGAUUUUUCACUUUACUGUGUAUAGCUUUUUACGUAUUUGCAAUCUAAAAAAAUUUCAUUUUUUCUUCUAAAAAGACCUAAAAGUCAAAGUUUAACGCCUUUCAUAGCCAAUAAUAUUAACCAUAAAACUAAAAAACAUAAAUUUUUAGGACUCCGACGUCUCCACGACAUUCUUCUAAUAAUCGAAAAACGCCAAAUCGAUCGGCCAAAAUCAGCUGUACCUACAGAAUUAAAGAACGAUCAAUCAUUCAUCAGAAUCCAAUCAGGAGACGACCUUAUGAGUAAAGUCUUCGGACUCCCUCUACCAGUAUUCGGCGCAUUAAGCACAUCUACCGAUCAUAUCGAAGCUGAAUAUCAAAAGAUUGAUAAAACUCACAUCGACAAUACACCAUUCAACAUCUUGGACUACGUGAAGCCACAGAAGAAGGACGACACGGCCGAAGCUUUCGGAGAUUCGUUAAAUUCCGAAGAAGAACCUGAUUUUAAUUCUGGUGAUUUGAAGGAGAAAAAUUCAGAAGGUUAUGGAAAACAUCAUGAAGGCAAACAUAAUCACAGCCGAACAUCAGAGCUGACGAUUGACAUUACUACAACAUCGGAAAAACAAAAACCAGAACUUCUGUCAGACACAAUCUACAACACUAUCUUCGCCAGUCCGACCACUACCGUGCAAGGCGGUGUAGCCAAGUCAGACAAUGUUGUACAACAAACCAGCUUUACCUCAUCAACUAGUCCAGUCCAGAAGGAGCGCUUCUCCUUGUCUAAACAAUACUUUAUCAGUAAAGGAGUCACAGAUCCGGAAAUGAGUGAAUCCACGGAAUCCAAAGAUACUGAAGACACGAUGAAUCAACUCUAUAAUGAGUUCCAGAUUCCUAUCCCAAAACAGAAGUCAACAGUCUCUGUACAACACAGUAAAGCGGUCAAUUUGAGCGAUGAACGGUCACCUAGCAUAACCGAAGUUUUGGCUAGGAUAAGCCCACCAGCUAGCGAGCCAACAAGUCUUGACUUUGAAGUAGAUGGAGAUAAGGCUUCAGAAUUGACUGUAAAUAAAAAGGAUGAGAAAAGCAUUGAAGAUAAUUAUGGAAAACCUUCAAAAGAAGCUCAUUAUAAUGAAGAUCAAAAUGAAUAUUCUGUGGAAGGUAAAGAACAAAGUAAAUACUUUGUAGAAGAAGCUGAUGACCAGAGUGAAUAUCCGUUAGAAACCCACGAUAAAUACGAUAACGACCACCGAACCCAUCAACAUAUCCAAUACAGUAACUCUCUACUGUCCCCUACAAUAACAUCAAGCCAAGUAUCACCAUCAACAUCGGUAAUCACAGAUGAAGAGUACGAAAGAAUCUUCACGCCCCAUGAAGCUCUACUACAACAUAACGCAGUUAAAAAAUCGUACAGUGCCAAGACAAACAACAAUAAUAUUAUAACAGACACAUCUGUAUUCUUGAAGCACCAAGAUGCUAAUGUACAACAAAAGAUGGAAGCUACGUUAAGUAAAGAAAUAUAUCAAAAGAUAUUUUCGCAACGUGUGUCUUCGGCUGAUGAAGUAGAAGGUAGGGAAGAAAGUCUGGACGACAUAUUGGCUGAUGGUUACAAAGAUAAAGAUGAAGAUAUUGAUAAAGUAGAAGAAAUUACAGACAUUACAAAAGACGAUGAAGACACUUCAGAGAUUAAAAAAGACAGUGAAAAAAUUGUUAAAGGAAACAAUUUUGACUCUGUUGAAUUGAAAGAACCACAAAAGGAUAAUCAACAACUAGAAGAUAGCCAAGACAACAGUCUUGUCGAAGACGCGCAAGGUAUUCCAGAAAAGCCAUCAGAAUCUUCAGAAGCCUCGAAUGAUCAUAAUGUUUCAUCCUUACAAAACUCUGAAGCAAACCAGUCCAGCCUCAAAGAAAUCCAGCCUAACGACCCCUACUACGUAGUAAUCCACAACCAAAACCGUAGACACGAGAUGGACCCAGAGCUGUGGGAAAACGUUUUUAACCCUCCCACAACCAGCAUAACAACAACUCGGAAGGUUCAAAAAACAGCCGACGAUUCGAAAAUAACAACAGAUUUGGCUGCCUUCUCUCGACAACAACAUGAACAACAUAAGAGAAACAUCGGAAAACCAACGUUAACUGAUGACCAGUUGGCCAAAGUGUUCGGCAUUGAUAAGAAGGAAAGUGAUUACUAUACCAGUGUAGUUAACCACAGUCUUGACGAGGCUAGUCUGGCACCAGAUAAUAAACCUGAUUUGUCAGGUUUGGCAGUAGAUGUAAGAGAAGAGAAAGAAAAUAAUGAUAAAGUACAGCACGAUGGAUAUCAAGCUAAACCGGAACCACAAAAUUAUCAAAAUAAGUCUUCAGAAGACAAAAGCAAUACUGAAGAAGCUGCAAUUCUUACUGAUGCCAAAGAAACUACUGUAACUACAUACAGACAAUUAUCAGGCUUUACAGAAAGUCACGACUUGAUCAAAGCAGUGUUUUCUCCAAUACAGCAUCAAAAAUCAGAAGAACAACCUAAAAAGACGUAUAAAUUGGCGGACGAUAGUAAUAUCUCCACCGAUUUGUCAGCCUUUUCAAGAAGCCAGCACGAAAAUGUCAAGCGACAAAUUGGCUCACCAACGUUAACCGAUCAAGAACUGUCUGCAGUUUUUGCUACACAAAGUGCUACUGAUGAUAAAUUGAAACCUGAAGCUACAAAAGACCAUGAAGAGCAUCGAAACGAUGCUAAAGUAGAUUAUCGAACUCAUUAUGAAGCCGAAGCUGUAAGAAAGGAUGAAGACAAAGGAGAAAAAGAAGCCAACCCCAAAGAUAGUAAUAAAGAAAAACACAAACAGUCAGAAGUCGUCAGUGAAAACAUAGAAAACGACCAACUUUUGCACCAAGUCUUCUCUCCUGUAGCUUCAACAAAAACCGAAGUUACAAGUAAAAAACUACAGAAACCGAUCGACGAUUCUAAGAUCAGUACAGAUUUAUCAGCGUUUUCAAAACACAAAAACGAAGAGUCAAGGAAGGCGUUAGGACAGCCAACCUUCACUGAUGAAGAAAUUGACAGAAUAUUUAAAGAUCAAGAAAGAGAAGGCCAACAAGUGGAGGUAACAGCAGAAAACAAAACUGUUGUUGAAGAUACAGAAGCAGAAAAAGAUAUGAUGCCCGUGGAACAAGAAACCCACGAUGAGCAUAAAAAGAAGAAGAUAGAAAAAACGCCAGCACAGAUUCAAGAAUCAGAAAAGCCAAACGAACUUUUACAUCAAGUCUUCUCACCUAUUCCAACAUCACACUCAGAGAGUACAACACAGGUUAAAAAGCUUCAAAAACCGGUUGAUGACUCCAAAAUAACCACUGAUCUAUCAGCUUUUUCGAAAAGACAACAUGAAGAUGUAAAACGAUCGGUUGGAUCACCAACUCUCACUGACCAACAACUUGCUGAAAUUUUUGAACAAAAACAGGCAGGUCAUGACCAAUGCGAUAGCAAUGAGAAAGCAAAAGUGGCAAAAACAACAUAUAAUUCUGAGAGAGAUGUUAUAUCUGAAGAUCACGUUGGUAAAGACCAAGAAGGUAAAGACACACGAGAAGUAAGUGAAGUUAGUGAAAGAAUACCAUCAGAAGAAGAAGCCGAAUACAACCUUCAGAGAGGUCAAAUAACUCCAGAAGAGAAAGUGGCUGAAGAAAUUGUUAACCACGCCUUUUCUGAGAAACUAGAAGACAAUUUGUCAACAUUAGAUAAGUCAAACGUUUCUACAGAAAACAAUAAGACAAGUACAGAAGAAUUACCAAAAGAAGAAGCUCACAAAGUUCCAAUUCCAGAAGAAUCACCCCUUUCUAAACCAAGUUAUGUCCAAUUAAGCCUGAACCUAGAUGACGUGUUCAAACCAGAACAGUCUUAUACAUAUGAAGAACUUAAAAAAGCCCAACAAAUUGCCAAAUACGAUAGCACCAAAGAUUCUGCCAUAACAUUAGACACAAGAGUAUUUAACAGAAAAACUGAAGAAGAACAUCACGCUCUUCAGCCUACUUUAAGCGAUGACAAAAUUCACGAAAUUUUGUACCCAAGGUAUGUACCGUUGGGUACAAUUAAGGAAUAUUCUAAAGAAACCGACGACAGUAACGUCAUUCAUAAAGAAGACCAAAAAUCGCAAGAUGACAUGGCAUUUGGUUCAUUUGAAAACCCAAUAUUAGAUUCAAAAGAAAAUCAAUAUUUGAAAGACGCUAACAAAUCGUACUUCGAAGACCUGAUAGCUCAUCCACCGUUAACACUACCGAAGCACAUACUACAACCAAAAGAAUCCGUGUCCGAUCGCCAGUCCGUCUCCUCCAACGAGCACUUCAAAUCCGACGUUUCUGAAACUACGGAACACGUCCGUAACGAAGACUUUGAAGAGGCUCUAGAGCGGAUUCACAAGCUCAGCGAUUCAGAACAAAAACAUCUGAACGAAUACUCGAGCAUUGAUAUUAUGAACGAAGUGUUUGAGUACAAACCAGAUCCGUAUUUUGCUGAGCGCCACAACACCAGUAUUCAGAAGACUGUCACGGCCAAAACCAAUCCCGAGUUGAGUGAUGGAACCAACUUCCCUCGACAUGAAGUAAAGGAAGCCAGAGAGAAGGUCGUGUCACCAACACUGACCGACGAUGAAUACCGUUUGAUUUUCGAAGAGCCGAAUUUAGUUGUGGCGCCAAAAAGCGAGGCUCAAUAUUACGAUAAAGUAAAGAAAGAAGAGGAUUAUAAUCAAGAAAAAAAUGAAAGAAAUACCAGGCCUACAAAUAUAUCAAUACCAAGAACAAUUGAAACACCAAAAGAAGAAAAAAAUUAUAUAAAAGAAGACCAAACCCACAGCAACAAACAACAGAAGGAUGAAGAAAAGGAAGAUCAAAACAACAAGAAAGAAGAAAAACAAACCGUAACCUUCGGCGACGAAAAGAUACACCAUGAUGACCUGCCUUUAACCCCCUUACCUGGCCGUCGGUAUACCGACUCCAUGUUUGAUGACAACGUGUUCGAAUUGUCUCAAGAAGAUCUGGACAAGUACGGAAAAUUCAUAGAUCACAAUCAAGAUAGUGAUAAUGACUUUGAUUACCCGUACAGUCAAGAACUCACAGACAUUGAUGAAAAAGGUGAAAGUGACACUGAAGAACGCAAACUUUCCCCAAGCUUACAAAGCUUUGAAAAAACAGAAUUGGCUGUACGACAAUCUGUCAUUUCUGACGAUGUUUUCCAUUCGGAACAACAUGAUCAAAAGGGUCAUAUUGAUACCGUCACAGGCGAAUUGAAGCCACAUCCCAAAUCGCCUCGUCGACACAAAAUCGUUGGUUCUGAAGACAUUCUUGAUGACCGUACGAGCAAGCAAACAGAAAAUGUUACAACAGAAGGUACAGAAAAUAGUACAGAAGGUAAAUCAGACGAAUUGCCACAAAACAAGUCAGAAAACCCCACAGUAGAUCAAAACACAGAAGUCAAACAAGAAGUUAACAAUGCAAAACUUCAAAAACAAGACCAACCAAGUCCGUCAGAAAACAAAACUUUGUCCACAAAGCUAAAGGAAGGUCUGUCUAAUAUUUUUACGUCCAAAAAAGACAAGAAGCCUGACUCCGCAGAGGAAGAUGACGACGUUACUUACAAGCGUAUGGAAUCAAUUGAUCGUACAGCUGUAAUCGAAGAACAAAACUCCACGUCAUCUGACGCUCAGUCACCGUCAGAAUACAUCGACAAGAUUUUCGAGUCGACAUUCCGAAAUCAAGAAUCACUUUCUGACGAUGAAGCGUUGAAUCAUCAAAGCAAAGAUAUUGUAGAUGAGGCUAUAAGAAACGUUGAAGGAGAAUAUACAAGGCAAAGAGCAGAAAACAAGGACAAUAUGAGGCAAAACGUAGAGGAAAAAGAGAAUAAGAGACAGAAUCUUGAUGAACAAGGCCAUUUACAUCUAGAAAGCCUCGUAGAUUCAGAAAGUGAAGGCCGACAGUAUAGAAUUACUAACGUUAUGCACAGUCCUUCACAAAACCGUGGCACAGUACACCAACAUUCUAAUGAAAAUAGUUCCUCUGGUCAAGAAAGGUCCUCUGAAGCUUAUCAAACUCAUACACAAGGCGGUAAUGGUCAAACUAGAGAUCAAGACCCUAAAGAACUUAAUUAUCAAAGUAAAAACCAACGACAAAACCAUAAAACUUCACAAGACGAUUCCGAAGACCACAACGUGAGAGUAAAAGAUGCUAUAAAAAAGUUGAACAAGGCCGAAAAACACGCAACUUUCUCCGGAAACACAACGUCACAUUACGUUAAGUCAUCUAAACAUCAUCAAUCAAGCCCCGCUAACAGUCAACAAAGCAAUAACGUUAGUCGUAUGUCUUCGCCUCCAAUGUCGCCGCUUCACGUUGAUACGAACUAUCAACCGUUAUCAUCAUCCACAUUGAAGCGUCAAGACUACCGUGAACGCCGUCUCAAUGAUUCUGGAAUUGGUAUGGACAGCUAUCAUGCUCCUAACGCCAUUACCGUAGAGUUUCCGCUAAUUGUUACUAGUCCAAAAGAAGGUUUGGUUGAUAUUAAGGAAAGUAGAGAACAAGAACAAACUAUUGAUGAUCAAACUGGACGAUAUGGAGAUGAUACACACCAUGAUAAUGGCAUUAAGAUUGUGUCAAACAAAACUACCGAGUUUCUAAAGCCGAAGAACGAAGAUUCAGCUUUCAGUACGUCGAUGCAUUCAGAGCUACGUGACCAUCUAGAUCACACAAUGACUGAUGAUUCACUAGAGCAUAAAAAGAGAAGGUACGUAAAGAAACGAGAGUACCACAAAGGCCAGUACCACUCACCAACUGAUCGCUACUACUACAGAAAUAUGAAUGAAUACAGCGACAGUGACCAUCUCUACACGGACGCCUCAUUUGAACCAUUAAGUCCAGAACAAACGAAACCAGUGUACCAUUUCCGACCGGUCGACUUUGACGUAACCAUUAGGUCCAAUAGUCCUAAAGUGCGAUCAAGAUCUCAAGAAACAGUUAGUUUUAAAGAUGAUUCCCUCGGCAAUUCGUUUGAAAAUGAAUUUGGCACGAAAGUCUUCCCUCAAAGGUCAAAAGAAUACGACUUUUCUCAUCGAGCACAAGCAGUACCAGUGUACCACCUUCGCCAAUCCAAGUCAUCUAGUGCUUUGGAGGGCAGCCACGACUUUGCCUCAAUCAUAGAAGACUAUAAUCAACAUCUGAACAGAAAACGAGCCCAUUCUCCAACAGUAUCUGUCACUACACACAAUCGACCGUACUCACAGAAUCAACAAUUCCAUCAAGUACAUCAUGAUUUGUAUCUGGAGCGACGUCCAGGUACCUAUUACUCAACUUCACGAGUCGGAAGUGUUGUAGUCGAGCAUACAAACGUGACCGAGAUUGUUCAUGACAAGAAAGAUGAAAGGAAAAGCCGAGCUGAGUUGGUCAAGACCAAGACGACUACACGAGUAGAGAGCUUGGAACCUCGAGAGCUUCUAGAUACAUUGGUGUUUGAGGGUGAACCUGGACUACAUAGAAAUGAGCGGGCUGAAAAGUAUGUGGAAUAUAGACAUAGAAGAUCAAGGUAAGAACUUUGAUUAUUCAUACCUAUUAUUGACCAUUUUUCACCUUACUAUAUAAUUUUCGAAACAAUAUAAAACUCUUUCAUUUUCCAGGGCUCCAAACACAACAGCAACAAGAAUCUCAAACUACGUUGUCCACCAACGGGACACGACAGAAGAAUCCGAUAGCGACAUUACCGACUUUCAACGCACAAGCAGCGGCCGCUAUCAACGAGGAGUUCAGACCAAAGAAACAAUUGAUUUGUGCUGUAGAAUGAGACUGAUUAAGGCUGUUCAUCAAGGAGACAACGGCCCUGAGCAAGCUGAAUAUGUUAUGUGUAGAAAUCCCAAUCACGCUGACAAACACGACCACUGUAAUCCGAAAAGAUUGUAUGCUGUAAAACGUAGCACCAUCCCUAGGACUCAAAAACGUAUGUUAGACUUUAAUUGCUUUUGAUAAAAUUUUAACUUUAUUUGAAAAUAAUUACGGUGAUUUUUUCAAAAUUUUUGAAACCAAAUUUACGAAAAAAUAAAAAUUUUCACUCUGGAUACCUACUACAAUAUAAUUCAAUUUCAGCUAAACAAUACACGAUUGGAAAUGGAAAUGACAAAAUUACAAUCACCACAACCGCUGACUUUGGAAACUCAAUCGACAGGAUUUCAAGCAAGUUAAUUUUCGAAAAAAUUUUAACUUUUUCCACUACCCCUUCCUCAAAAACCUUAUCAUCGAGUCCUCAACCGAGGCCCAAAAAAAUUGUCCAGCCCUCAAAAUGCCCAAAAGUUGAAAAAUAUUAAUUUUAAAAUUUCAGUGAGAAGAUCCCCGAAUCAAACAUGGUUAGUAUCGUCUGUACAAACUACGAACAAGUACAAUACGAUAGAACGCGACCAUUUUGCAUCUAGUUCGGAAACUGAUGCUUCUGUCGCUAAAAUACGCUCGAAACUUUAUUAG